AUGGGCUACAGAGAUGAGCCCCUCUCCAAAGAGGGCUAUGCGACCGAUGUUCUCACCAUGGAGGGAAGCACACUCCAAGCUCAGGGGGAGAAUGAGCUCCAUCGCGCGCUCAAAGCCCGUCACAUCACCAUGAUCGCGAUCGGCGGUGCCAUUGGAACUGGUCUUAUCAUCGGAACCGGAUCUGCUCUUGCUAAGGCUGGUCCUGCCUCUAUCCUCAUUUCAUACUCGGUCGUGGGUUUGGUUGUCUACAUGGUGAUGUGCGGACUGGGAGAAAUGGCUGCCUGGCUACCGCUGUCCUCGGGCUUCACUGGCUAUGCUGUUCGAUUCUGCGAUCCGGCUUUGGGAUUUGCCAUGGGCUACACAUACUGGUUCAAAUACAUCAUCGUCACCCCGAAUCAGCUCACCGCGGGCGCACUCGUCAUAUCCUACUGGGUGGACAAAGAACGAGUCAAUCCGGGCGUGUGGAUCACAAUAUUUCUCGUUCUGAUCGUGUCCAUUAAUUACUUCGGAGUGCGCUUCUUUGGCGAGUUUGAGUUCUGGCUCUCGUCUUUCAAGGUCAUCGUGAUCCUCGGGCUGAUCCUGCUGUCGUUCAUUCUCAUGCUCGGAGGCGGGCCGGACCACGACCGCAAGGGAUUCCGCUACUGGAAGAACCCCGGUGCGUUCAACACCUACAUCGAUGAUGGUCCAGCGGGCCGCUUCUACGCCUUCUGGGCGACCAUGGUCUCGGCCACGUUCGCCUACCUCGGCACCGAGUUGGUGGGGGUGACUGUCGGCGAAGCGGAGAAUCCGCGCAAGACGAUCCCCAAGGCCAUCAAGCUGACCUUCUACCGGAUCGUGGUGUUUUACAUUCUCAGUGUGCUACUCGUGGGCACUCUGGUUCCCUACAACUCGGACGAGCUCAUCUUCGCCACGAAGCAGUCUUCCUCGGCUGCUGCCUCGCCGUUCGUGGUUGCCAUCGUGCUCGCCGGUAUCCCGGUGCUCCCACACAUCCUCAACGCCUGUAUUCUGCUGUUUGUAUUCUCGGCGGCCAACUCAGAUCUCUAUAUUGCCACCCGCACCAUCUACGGACUGGCCCGGGAGAACAAGGCGCCCAAGUUCCUGGCCAAGACCGACCGGCGCGGCGUGCCGAUCUACGCGCUGGCGGUGUGCGCUGCCAUCGCGUGCAUCGCGUACAUGAACGUCUCCUCGGACUCCAAGGUGGUGUUCGGUUACUUUGUCGACCUCGUCACGAUUUUCGGGUUGCUGACUUGGGUGUCAUUGCUGAUUACGCACAUCUACUUCGUGCGGGCGCGCAAAGCCCAGAACGUGCCGGUCAGCGACCUGGCGUACCGCGCCCCGUUUGGGGUGUACGGGUCCUGGGCGGCGCUGGUGUUCUGCGUGCUGAUCUGCCUGACGAAGAGCUUCGAUGUGUUCACGCACAAUAAGAAGUGGGGCACCUUCAACUACAAAACCUUCAUCACGGCGUACCUGGGAAUCCCGCUGUACUUGUGUUUGGUGGGAGGCUAUAAGCUGGUGACGCGCUGUCCGGGGGUGAAGCCGCACGAGGCGGAUCUGUGGACGGGCAAGGAGGAGGUGGAUGCGGAGGAACGGGAGUAUCUGAGACGCAGGGCGAUGAUGGAGGAGCAGCACCAGGGGGCGAAUUGGUUCUAUCGGACUUUUGUGGCGUGGUUGUUCUAG